UAAACCGUUCCCAAAGGCCAAAACACAACCUAAACCCUUAAACCCAGUCCUAUAAUGAAAACCUGAAACUUGAAAGACCCUAAUGUUUGGUUUACGAGAAACUGGGGGCAAAGGAAAUGACAGAAGAUUCGAAACACCCACUUGAUACCGAUGAGUUUUCAUCUUCCCAGAGACCUUUAAAGGUCGCGAAAACCGCCGAAAUUCCCAGCGACGACAAACAAGAAGAAGAACAACAGUCUGGUAUUGGUCCUCCCCAAAAAUCCAUGAGCCAAAACCCUAGAAUUCAGCGUUAUCUGGUGGCCAUCGAGUACGUUGGGACUCGCUUCUCGGGCUCUCAGCAGCAGCUAAAUUGCCGCACUGUGAUGGGCGUUCUUGAGGAGGCUUUUCAUAAGUUUAUUGGUCAGCCUGUUUCAAUUUUCUGCUCUAGUCGAACUGAUGCGGGAGUGCACGCCUUAUCAAAUGUUUGUCAUGUUGAUGUUGAGCGCAUAAGCAAAAGGAAGCCUGGUGAAGUGUUGCCCCCUCAUGAGCCUGCUGUGGUCAAAAGAGCUGUAAACCAUUUCUUACAGAAGAAUGAAGGUGACAUAAUGGUGGUUGAUGUUCGCAGUAUUCCGCGUGAUUUUCAUGCUAGAUUUAAAGCUCAAGAGCGAACGUACUUUUACCGUUUGUUGUCUGGGCCUGAGCCUUUGUCAACUUUUGAGAAAGACCGUGCGUGGCAUGUACCUGAGGAGCUAGAUCUGCUUGCUAUGCAGGCAGCUUGUAAAGUUCUUGUUGGCCAUCAUGAUUUUAGUUCCUUCCGGGCAGCUGGUUGUCAGGCAAAAUCACCAGUAAAAACGCUGGAUGAACUUACUGUUACAGAAGUUCUUCCUACUCCUUAUUUCCCUUCAAUAAUGGAGAGGAAACAAAAUAAUUUAACUGAGAAGGGUCCUCAAGCCGGCUUGUCGGCUGAUGAAACCUAUCUAGGCUUUGGCAUGAAGAGAAGACACCGUUGCCUUGUUGUAACAGCGCGCGCACGCUCUUUUCUUUAUCACCAAGUUAGACUUCUAGUUGGUGUAGUUAAAUCUGUUGGCACUGGAAAUUUAACUGUAUCUGACGUUGAAAGGAUACUCGAUGCAAAGACUGUAACUGCUGCUAGUCCGAUGGCGCCUGCAUGCGGGCUAUACCUGGGACAUGUGAAAUAUGAUCUGCCGUGAACUUCUCUGUACUUGUCAGACUCCAUAUUCUUGUUAAAAGAUUAGAGCAAAUGAGCGACAUUUCCUUUCCGGCAUGAUUCGGUUAUCAACAGUUUUGGAAAUUAGAAUAUUUUGGUUGCAGUAGUCCUUACCCAUGUCUCGGUUGAAGAUAUCUCUCUGGAAUGCAAUGGAGACUUGUAGACCAGAAAAUGUAACUGUCCAACCAAACUUGUGAUGAGUUACUAGUGAUUUUUGUGAUUUGGAAGAUGGACGUUUUACAUUAUUAAUGUAAAUAAAUUGAUUGUAAGGUCUUAAUUUCAUUUUUUUAUACAAUUUACUUUUUAGGUAUUUGCUUACUUUAUAUGAGUAAACACGAAACAUAACCAA